UGCCCAGUCUCUCCGUUCUGUCCAUCGCGUCUUCCGGUUUCCCUAUUUCGGCCGCAGAUGUCGCGGCCUGCACUAAGGCCGAUCCUAUCCUCUCCCAGGUCGCUUCCUGGGUCUUGAGGGGAUGGCCCAUGGACAAGGUGGCAGAGGGCUUCAAGCCCUUUAAAAUCCGGCAGGCGGAGCUCUCCCUCCACGGGGGAUGCCUCGUUUGGGGGGAUCAAGUGGUGAUCCCCACGGCGCUACGGCCACAAGUCCUGUCCCUGCUCCAUAAGGAUCACCCGGGCAUAGCACGAAUGAAGGCAUUAGCCCGUAACUAUGUCUGGUGGCCCUUACUGGAUUCAGAGAUAGCGGCCUAUGUUGGCCGCUGCACACCAUGUCAACAAUCUAGGCCAAACCCCCCAGCUGGGCCUGCUCGUGAGUGGGAGGCUCUGAGAGGCCCGUGGUCCCGCCUCCACCUGGAUUUUGCCGGCCCCUUCCACGGUCAGAAUUUCUUGAUUGUGGUGGACGCCUACUCCCGCUGGGUGGAGCUGGUCCUGAUGGGCUCCACCACAGCUGAGAGUACGGUCCGGGCCUUAAGGAGGCUAUUCGCGACCCAUGGGUUGCCGGACCUGGUAGUUUUGGAUAAUGGGCCCCAAUUUAUGUCCACCACGUUUCAAGAAUUUCUGGCCGGGCAAGGGAUUCGACAUGCGCCCAUAGCCCCGUACCACCCGGCCAGCAAUGGCCGGGCGGAGCGGGCGGUCCGCUCAGCGAAGGAGGCCCUGGGCCGCAUGGACCGGGGCGACUGGCAGGAGAAAGUGGCGGCUUACCUGCUAAGCCAACAUUCCACUCCCUGCCCAACAACCAACCGAAGCCCCUCGGAGCUCUUGAUGGGCCGGCGUCUGCGGACUCCCCUGGACCGGCUACACCCGUUGUACUCAGGGGAUCAGCCGAGCAACCUGGGGUUAUUCCUCCCCGUUCAUUCAAACUGGGGGACACGGUAUGGGCCCGAGCAUUUGCGGGGCCUACAAAAUGGGUUCCAGCCACCGUUACUGCCCUGA